AUGGAGAAAAACAAAGUAUCGAUUAUGGUUUCUUCGACAUUGUUAUUUUUCUUGUUUUUUUCGACAUGUGAUGCUAUAUGGAUCACCUUACCAGGUUCAUCAGGUCACAAAUGUGUUUCUGAUGAAAUUCAGCAUAACGUCGUCGUUUUGGCUGAUUAUGCUGUUCUUCCGGUUGAUCAAUCAUACCAUCCCACUAUUUCCGUUAAGGUGAGCUCGCCGUAUGGAAACACUCUUCAUCAUAAUGAGAAUGCUACAAUUGGUAAGUUUGCAUUUACAUCUCAAGAGAGUGGGAACUACCUGGCAUGCUUUUGGGUUGCACACAACCCUGCAGGUGCAGAUGUCAACAUGAACCUUGAUUGGAAAAUUGGAGUUGCAGCCAAAGAUUGGGAUUCUGUUGCUAGAAAAGACAAGAUUGAGGGACUAGAGCUUGAGUUGAGAAAGCUAGAAGGAUCAGUAGAAGCUAUCCAUGAGAAUUUGAUCUAUCUUAAGGGCAGAGAAGCAGAGAUGAGGACAGUGAGUGAGACAACAAAUUCAAGAGUGGCAUGGUUUAGUCUUAUGUCCUUGGGAAUCGGCAUUGCAGUUUCAAUUUUGCAGUUGUGGCAUUUGAAAAGAUACUUUCAGAAGAAGAAGCUUAUUUAG